GUAGACGGUGCACAGUGUUGUAGCCUAUGAGCGGCAGGGAGGACACCGGAGAGGACGACCGCAGAACUUUGCGGUCAGCUGGAGGCCCAAUAACUCACGUGUCCCUAGGACCGGAGGGUGAUAGGGAACUGUUCCGCCGACAGAGGGAGAGGCAGCAACAGAGUAGAGCUAGAGCAGCCGAGGCCAGCAGGGCAUUAGCUAGCGAGGCCGGUGCUACAGCAGCCAUGGCUACCACAGCCAUGAGCACGUCUGUGCAACAGACUUCCCAAGCCGGUAGUUCAGGUACCGCUGGGUCCACGGUCGCGCAGACCGUGAGUCAGUCCACUGGCUUAAUGGCAAGCCAGCCCACGGUGUUGACCCCAAAGGAUGUCUCCAUCCAGCAGGCAGCCCUGCAAGAGGCACAGCUACAGCAGGCAUUAGGACAGAUAAAAAGGGAGAAGGAGAUGAUGAUUAGAAGAAGGACCACGAUGCAACGGAGAGGGGCAGACAUAGAGGAGUUAGAGUCGAUGGACCUGACGAACAUGGAUGACGAUGUGAGGGUAGUUAGGAGGGCCCUGCUACGAGUAAUAGAGAUGCAGGAGCAUCAAACUACCAUCCUUCAUGAUAUCCAGCAGAGCCUAGCCAUUUUGGUAGGGCUUACCACGCAGCCUGCUGUCUCGCAACCUGUGCAGCCACAGGGCACACAGCCCCAGCAGCUAGCACAGCAACCUGUAUCACCGGGUCCACAGCCCGGGGUGGUGCAGGGACCGGGACAAACUCAGUGGGUUCCAAAGACGACCAUCGCCGCUCCUAAACCUUUUACAGGGGACAAGAGAGGCGAAGACCUCGACACUUGGUUGAGGGCAGUGCCGGUCUACGUCAGGUGUAAACUCACCUUGCCGCACGAAGAAGUGCUUGUGGCUGCAUCCUACCUAGAGGGUGGUGCAGCAAGAUGGUUGAGUGGUUUAGUACAACUCCAGGGGCACGGUCAUGACUUCCGCUCUUGGGCAGCCUCUCAGAAACUGGAGGACUUCCUGAAGAUGGUGGAAGAGAGAUGGCAUGAUCCUCAGGAGGCCCAAAAGGCCACUGAUGCGAUCCUGACACUGCACACGCGGCAGUUUAAGUCAAUUAGGGAAACCACUGACGCUGUUGAGCGUCUAAUCUGUGUCCCAGGUGUGCGCUAUGACCCCCAGGUCCUGCUGACUUCGUACUUGAGAUACUUAUCCCAGCCUUUCAGGAACCAGUUGGCAAAAGAGGCCAACAACAAUAUGCACAACUUUCCUUCGUUCAGCAAGGUGGCCCUAGACCUAGAAGCAAAGAUAGGGCAUGGACAGACACCCACUACGGACGGGAGAAAGAAGACAUUGCCUCCCAACUGGAAGGCGAAGGGUCACAUCAUGUUUGUCGACAACGAUGGUUCAACCAUCGAGUUGGACGGCAACUUCCAGGAGGGAGUAGGUGCAGAGGCAAGUGGCGAUACUUCAGAGGGUGGAGUAGUCGCCGCCGUAACCCAACAAAAAGCUACUGAUUCCCUUGUCGUCCCGCAAACGCAUUCAGACCCAUCGACCCUUUGCUCGAUGAAUGUGUUUGAGUCCUUAAAGGAGUUAGAGGAGGAGUGGUCUAGACUAGACCCGCUAGCUUCUUGGACGGCACUAGCUAAAGCCCCGAAGGGUGAGAUGUUCGUCAGCGAGAUAGUCGUAGGGGGCCGCAAGGCCGGGGCCUAUUAUGACACUUGCUCGACACGGAACUUUAUUAGUCGCGCGUGCGUUGAGAGACUGCAUUUACAGGGGCAAGUGCAGCGCCUGAGUCGACCUGUGGAGUCGACCUGUGCCAACAAACAGCGCAUGGUAGUUAAUGACUACCUUCAGGAUGUAGAAUGCCUGUUCCCGUUCGCGGGAGGGGAGUUGAGGCAUCGUGUCUCAUUCCUAGUGAGCGACGAUCUCCCUAUGGAUAUCUUGUUAGGUAUGUACUACCUCUCUGUGGCACAGCCUCAGUUUGACUGGGACCGAAAAGUGGUCAAACACACUUUGCCAGGUGGAGGGACCGCCAGACUACACAAGUUCAAAGCUAGUAGUCUGAUCGAUUCCCAUGGAUGCAUGUGUGCGGCCGCGUUCUAUAACUACUAUAAGCAACAUCAGGAGGAGGGUAUGUACUUAGUUUAUGUCUCUGCUGCAGGCGAACCGGUGAAAAUGCCGCCGGAGAUAGAGGGAGUGGUUGCCAAGUACCCUGAUCUAUUAGAAGAGCCAACAGGGGUUGUUGAUAGGGAGGUCGUCCACGCAAUAGAGAUUAUCCCAGGGUCUAGUAUUCCGAAGGGUAGGAUCUAUCGGAUGUCUCCAGGCGAGCUUGAUGAGCUUCGCCGCCAACUCAAGGAACUCGUAGAGAAGGGUUGGAUCCGACCGAGUGUCUCUCCUUACGAAUCUCCAGUACUAUUCGUACCUAAGAAGAAGGAGGGCACUCUCAGGAUGUGCAUUGAUUAUAGGGGUCUCAAUGCCAUCACUGUAAAGAACAGAGAGCCCCUACCGCGCAUCGACGAUCUGCUAGAUAGAGUGCAAGGGUGUCGGUACUUCAGUAAGAUAGAUCUGAAGUCCGGGUACCAUCAGAUUGCAAUCUGGCCCGAGGAUCAACACAAAACUGCAUUUCAGACCAGGUACGGUCUAUACGAGUUUGUGGUGAUGCCUUUUGGCCUGUGCAAUGCUCUUGGCACCUUUCAGCACGCUAUGAAUCGGAUAUUCCAUGACUACUUGGAUAAGUUUGUCAUCGUGUACCUCGAUGACAUACUUAUUUUUAGUAAGACUGUCGAGGAGCACGUUGCACACUUGGACAANUUGUCAUCGUGUACCUCGAUGACAUACUUAUUUUUAAAGUUGGCCAAGUCCACUUAUGAGAAAGAACUCUAUGCGGUGUUCAAGGCGCUGCCCCAUUGGAGACACUAUCUCCUUGGGAGGUUCUUCAUCCUCAGGACUGAUCAUCAGACCUUGAGAUGGAUGAGAACUCAGCCUGUACUCUCUGACGCAUUGAAGCGUUGGAUAGAAGUCAUUGAGCAGUAUGACUUUGACCCUCAGUACAUCAAGGGUGAGUACAACAAGGUUGUUGAUGCCUUGUCGCGUAGACCUGACUUCUCAGGUGCGCUGAUUACUAAGUACGAUCUUACGGAUGAUGUCACUCGAUCCUUGGUGGAAGCCUAUCGAGAGGACCAGUUUAUGUCUGAGAUCAUACGCAGACUCGAGACGAAGGAUAAACAAACUUCAGCCGAGUUUGAGUUGGUCAAUGGCUUGCUGUUUCUCGAGAAGGAAGGGAAUAAACGUUUGUGUGUCCCUGAUAAAGAGUCUUUGCGUAGUCUGUUUUUAGGCGAGUGUCAUGAUGCCACCGGCCAUUUUGGGUACAAGAAGACCGCAGCCAAUUUGCUGCAAAGGUUCUGGUGGCCCACGAUGUUAAAAGAUGCUAAGCUGUACGUGGAAACUUGUCAAGUUUGCCAACGAGACAAGCCCCGUACUCAGGCUCCUCUUGGGCUGCUCAAGCCCCUUCCGAUUCCGGAAAGGCCGGGUGAAAGCUUGUCCAUGGAUUUCAUGGAUACGCUGGUCACCAGCAAGAGUGGGAUGAGGCAGAUCUUCAUCAUCGUGGAUAGGUUUAGUAAGUAUGCUAGGUUAAUAGCCAUGCCGGAAACAGUGAAGACCGAGUAUGUAAUUAGGCUGUUCAAAGAGAACUGGGUGAGGGAUUUUGGAUUGCCUAAGUCUAUUGUAAGUGACAGGGAUGUCAGAUUUGCAAGUGAGUUAUGGAAGGCUGCUGCAGCUGAACAGGGAACUCAAUUGCAAAUGACUUCUGGAAACCAUCCAGAAGCAAACGGCCAGGCUGAACAGAUGAACCGCGCUGUUCAACACCUGUUGAGGCAUUACAUUAAGCCCAACCAGGUGGAUUGGGACGAGAAGCUUGCUCUUGUCGCCAGUCUGUACAAUAACGUUGUACACAGCGCUACCGGGGUAAGUCCUAACAGUCUACAGCUUACCUUUAGGCCUAGACUGCCCUUAGACUUCCUACUUCCUAAUAACCAGCCAACUGUUGCACCAGGCACUUUGGAGUUCGCUUAUUGUUACAAACGGAAAAUACAGGAGGCUGUAGAGCACAUGCAGAAGGCGCAGGCAGCAAUGAUAGAAUCUAAGAAUAAACACCGCCGCCCUUCUACAUUUCAGGUUGGGGAUAGAGUCUGGGUCAAGUCUUCAGAAUUGGGACAGGAGUUUGGGAUAUCCCGCAAACUCAUGCCUCAGUACUUUGGACCUUGGGAAGUUUUAGACGUAGUAGGGACAGAUACUGAUGGUCCAUCUUAUGUCAUCCGUAUCCCUGUUCACCUCAUAACUUACCCAGUCUUUCACGCCUCUAAGCUCGCUGCGUUCGAGGAAACUGAUCAGUUUCCCUCUCGUCGAUCAAUGCUGCCCCCAACCAUGGACAGAGAAGUCGACAUCGAUGAUAUCGUCGACCACAGGGAGAUGCCUGUUCAGAAGCCUCCGGGAAGGGGACGUCCUCCAAAGCCAAAGCUGCAGUUUCGUGUCCACUUCAGACAUCACACAGAUCCGAAGGAGGACCGCUGGUUUACUCGGGAGGAAUUGAUGCAGACCGCUCCUCAAAUCGUUGCCCGCUAUGAGAAGGAUGUAUUGAAAGGAAAGCGCCAGAUGGCUCAGGAUAACGAAGAUAUGGAGGAGGGAAUGUGAGGCUACGCCCGCUCAGCCCCCUCGGGGCCCUUUUUGCAGUAUGUCGGCCGCCCUAAGU